AAAUUUCAAGAUCUGAAAUAAUCUUAUGAACUCCGUAGGGUGAGUAAUGAUUGUAAAGCAGGGAUUGGAGUAAACUCGAUUUUAAUUCAAUUAUAUAUAGGCCUCUUCCUGCAGCAUCAAGUCACACAACACACAGCUAGAAUCCCAAGAGGAAAUGUUUGAUCUCAACUCAAGUGUGCGAGGGUUUCAAUUAGAAUAAUUAAUGUCUGUUUAACGUUACUUGUUGCUUCAAGUUGCAAUUGCAAGCAAUCAAGCCCUCCAUCUCAGUGUGUGAAAUAUAGAUCUAAAGCAACUCUAACCAUUGUAUGUGUGAGGUCGAUCUUUUGGAUGGAAAAUCAAGUGCAUGGUAGUGUUUGAAUGAGAAUUAUUGAGAUUGAACAGCAGGGAAUGGGAUUGUCGAUCGUUAGAGGGCAGAGUGAAUGACACUUCCAUUCCAUAGAAAAAUGUCAUUUGUACUACUUGUUUAGGAUAAAGUGGUUGGUUAGGGAACAAAUCCUUGUUGAGAGUUAAGACACGAGAAACUGAAUUUGAUAAGUCAUUUCAAAGGCGAUACUAUGAAGUGAAAUCAAAGACCAAAUUCGAACAAGCACUUGUGUAGAGUUGAAGAAGAAUCGCAAAAAUAUGCUUAAGUAUUAGAAAUUGGGAGACUUAUAUCCAACCCAAAAACUAGCUCAAGAAUUGAGGGUUGCUCUACCAUUUAUAAACACUUGAUUGACCAUAUAUCUCGCCAAUGUGAGACUCUAACACACCCUCUAACACCUAGGGUUGGACAUCUGGAGCGUGGGAUGAACAUCAACGGGUGACUCAAAUAUGGGAGGUCUUCACAACAAAUGGAUCUAGGACAGACUCUGACACCAUAUUAGAAAUUGUGAGGUCUAUACUCAACUCAAAAGCUAACUCAAGAAUUGAGGCCGGGUUGCUCUGCCAUUUAUAAACACACUUGAUUGACCAUAUAUCUGGCCAAUGUGAGACUCUAACAUUAAGCUCCAAGCCAAUUCGAGAUCAUACCCAUACAACUCUCAGGCUAAGGUCAAUGAGCUCUUCAUAUCAAGUUAAGGCAACAAUUUUCGGGGUUGUUUGAAGUUAUACACAGAUUGAAAUUUUCAUGGUCAAAGACAAACAUUCGGAAGCACAUUCCCAUGUCCAGGGCAUUUACCCAUGAUCAGAAGCAUCCAUACAUGGUCAGAGUUACUAGCCCACGCUCUAGAACAAUUAUUGAAGUUGAAGGAAAGACACAUGGUUCAUAAAUUGAGUUCGAGCUUCAUGGUGAAUGACAUAAGAUUAGGCAUCUUGCUUUGUUUUCGUAUGAAAGAUUAGAGUAGUAGUUAUUUUAUGGACACUAUAAAACCCAAUUCAGGAAAAAAAAAAAGUUGGACAUCCUAAUACUAAACACUCUAAAAAUGUCUCACAUCUAUGGUCACGACAAUGAUUACUAAGAGUUGCAAGCAUUGUCCUUUCCGCCGUAGCUGCACAAGAACUUCACUUUGUUCUUGUUUGAUCUCCCUCCAAUUUAGUGUUUUCUUUCUAUCAAUACAAAUUUUUUUCUUUGUGUACAUUUGCAAGUUUUUCUUAAACUUUUGUUGAAUUUUGUUUUGACAACAUCAAGACUCCUUGAAAUGUUGAAGCUCAUUAAGUUACCAUACUUUAAUUAGUAUUCACCAAAGCAUUAUUUCUUCAAUUUAUCACCUGAUAGUAAGUUACAUUUUUUAAGGAUUGAUCUCGGGACUUUCUCAUCUCCAACUCAUAUAUCUUUCAGCUAUCUUUGGGGAUUGAUAUGUUGCUUUUGCUAAUAAGUAAAUAUAAUGUUAUGAAUAAGGUUUUAUUGGCAAAUAUAUGUAUUAGCCGAUAAGGGAUGAAUAAGAUAGGAAGAGUUGAAUUAUCCCUUGAAUUUAGGAGGGGAAGUUGUUGAGAAAUAAUAGGAAGGAAAAAGCCAAAAAGCAGAAAUAGCAAACCAAAUUCAUCCAUUCACCUUUGUCUCUAAAUCCUCUUCAUCCUAAAAUCACUCACCCGCCGGUAUUUUGAGUGAUUCAAGGAAGAAUCAAAUUUAAAAUUUUUGAUCGGAAAAGAUAAAAGAAUAAAAAAAAUGGGGGAUGAGUCGCCGAAGAACAAAGUGAAGUUCUUGUGCAGCUACGGCGGAAAGGUUCUUCCACGACCCUCCGAUGGGGUUCUCAAGUACGUGGGCGGCGAGACUCGUGUCAUCUGUGUCCCUCGUGACAUCACUUUCUCCGAAAUGAUGAAGAAGGUGAAUGGCAUGGUUGAUGGUGAGGUAGUCCUCAAGUACCAGGUGAUCCCUGAAGACCUUGAUGCUCUGGUUUCGGUUAGAACAGAGGAAGACAUCAAGCACAUGAUUGAGGAGCAGGAUCGCCAUGAGAGUUCCGGUGGACCGCUGCUUCGUGCUUUUCUCUUCCCUUCCAAGCCUGUUACGCAACAACUCCAAAUCCAAGUGCCACCUCCACCAUCAUGCGAACCUUAUUUCAUAGAACAACGUUAUAUUGAUGCCAUCAACGGCAUCAUUCGUACGAGCCCAAGGAGUUGUAAGGUAACCCCCGCUGCUUGCUCAGCUUGUUCUUCCCCCAAAUCAACCUCCCCAGAUGCUCACACUGUUGAAUCGCCUCCUCCUUCAUUCCUGAGUUCUGUUGCUCGGGUUUCAAAUUCAAUGCAUAAAGUGCGAAGCUCCCCCAGUUUAACCAACCUCAGUCAGCAUGAUCAUAGUACUAGUCAUUACAACCACCACCAUCACCAUCCUGUUGCUGUUGCUUAUCCAUCAUCAUGUAAAAACCUACAAGAGGCCCAUCUUGGCAUGGGAAGACCGCCACAAAUGAUGGCAGAAAUGAACACUAAAGGUCCAACAGGUCUUAGUUACUACUACCCAGCAACCAGAACCCACAACAAAGGCGGCUAUAUGUACCAAGAUGAGUCUGCACCACCUAAUGGUCAUUAUAUGUUUGAAAGAGUUCACAGUGUGCCCAGGAGUCGAAGUCCUCUAAAGUCCAUAUGGGACUAGCAACAACCAAUGUGCCUGUGCUGUGGUACUCCCUCCCCUGCCAUGCAGCAACAAAAUAGUGCUCAAUAAAUUAAUUGUAAAUAUUAAUAAUGCCUUCAUUUUUUGUUUUUUUCUUCAAAUUUACUAUGAUUUAAGAAUGUAACUACCAUUUCAAAAAAAAAAUGUAACUACAACUAACUUUUCAUUUUGUGUGUUGAGUUCAA